AAGGCAUGUACUUGGACUGGGCUAACAGCAACAGCUGCUCCUUUCUUCAUAACAAUCAGCAUCCCAUAAAGAUGACGUUUCGGUGUCCUACGUCAGCCCGAUGGCGAUAGAGUAGAGUUGGCGCAAGGGAGUUUGAGUGGGAGAUAGAGACUAGCGUGCCCCAUCACAGCACAGGGACCAGGCACCGGAGAACAGACCCUCACACCCCCGCCUUCUCCACCGAUUAACACAGCUACUCUGCGGCCGAACAAGUCCGGCUGCAACACCCGGUUAACAAUCAGCCAGCACCGGUCAGUACACAGGCGACUGCUCUAUACCCGCAGUCCGGAGGAAAAACGAAAAACAAACAGCUUCAAAACUGUUGCACCACGUUUUAAAAGUGGACCUUACGCCGCCUUACUUCUUGGACAUGGGCGAUAUGGGGGAUCCACCGAAAAAAAAGCGUCUGAUCUCGCUGUGUGUCGGCUGUGGAAACCAGAUCCACGACCAGUAUAUUCUGCGGGUCUCUCCGGACCUCGAGUGGCACGCUGCCUGUUUGAAGUGUGCAGAGUGUAAUCAGUAUCUUGACGAGUCGUGUACCUGCUUUGUCCGAGACGGGAAAACCUACUGUAAAAGAGACUAUGUUAGGUUAUACGGGGUAAAGUGCGCUAAAUGCAACAUCGGUUUCAGCAAGAAUGACUUCGUGAUGAGAGCGCGCUCCAAGGUGUACCAUAUCGAGUGUUUUCGGUGUGUGGCCUGCAGCCGACAGCUCAUCCCGGGGGACGAGUUCGCUCUGAGGGAGGACGGCUUGUUCUGCCGGGCCGACCAUGARGUCGUGGAGCGGGCAACAAUGGGCGUCGGAGACCCUCUCAGCCCCCUCCACCCGGCCCGACCUUUACAAAUGGCAGGUAGGUUAACAAUUUAUAUCAAUGGCAGUGGUGUUUUUWGUUGUUGUUUUUGUUGCUUUCAGUUGGCUUGUAUAUGUGUUGRUGGUUUAUAUGACGAUCAGUUUCUCUGGGACUAUCUGCAGAAUAUCCAGGGAAUGACGGGCACUCCGAUGGUGGCUGCCAGCCCGGAGAGACAUGACGGUGGUUUACAGGCUAACCCAGUGGAGGUGCAGAGUUACCAGCCGCCUUGGAAGGUCCUUAGUGACUUCGCGUUGCAGAGUGACAUGGACCAACCCGCGUUUCAACAACUGGUCCAUUUUUCGGAGGGGGGACCUGGUUCCGACUCGACAGGAAGCGAAGUCGCCUCGAUGUCAUCCCAACUUCCAGACACACCCAACAGCAUGGUCUCGAGCCCUAUAGAGGCGUAGGGCCUCGAGGACCGACUGUAGACUACGUUAGACUAUUGUCAUAUUUCUGACUGGUGAUGAAGUGAUSCUAGUUGGGCAAAGGGGCGGACUGACUGACAACUGAAAAAAAWAUWWAAAAAAAUAACUCGGGGUUGAAAGAAACAAAAUGUCACUCUCUUGUUGAUUUCAUUCGAACUGAAAGAUGAAAGAYAAUCCUCCUGCAACUGCACCAAGCCUCUUUAACGACGAAACAGCCGCUGGUUGUAGUUUUACACUGUGAAGACAAUCAUGGAUUAUUACCCGACCUAGAUCUGUCCAUAUGUCCGUCAUACGUCCGUCUGUCCACUCGCCGCAAAACAACCCUGGAGAAGAGGAAAGGAGAGGACAAUGGAGCAGUCUAUGAACUCUAUUCAAUCUGUGUUGCUGAAACGUUACAUAUUGCGCGAUAGACAUUUAAAGCUAAUUUCCUAUUUAGCUGACAUAUGCAGCGAUUACCAUGAAUGCAGUCUCCYKGAACGCGGAGAACAUUGCCUCUUUCAGCCACGCUGCGAACGCCGAACCUCAGCUAUACGGUUUGAAUAGAGCCCUAGAAAAAGUGCGUGUUUCCAGGAGCGAUGGAGAGCGGUGGAGAGCGCAUCUGCCUGCACCAUAAAGUGUCUGCGACUCGUGCUUAGCGAGAUGUAUAGAUCUCACUACGUCAACCAUGACUGGUGGUGCACGUUGGAAACUCCUGGUAACAGUUUGACACACAAGAUGAAGAAGAACACCAUACAUACACUCCUGCACCCAUGGACCUCUAGGAAAAAAUAUGAACUUUAUUAUUGAAGAAGACAUUCUGGUUCUACAUUUGCGCAUUGUUGUGCAUAAUGUUUGAAUAUACAAACAAAUGACUGGCUCUUCUGUUUCUAUAAAAUAACUUGACCUGAGAUUCGCCUCCUGAUAUGAUGCCGUUUGGAGGGGAUUGCAAAUAUUGCUAUUCAAUUAUUUUGUUAUUAUCUCCUUGAUAAAGCCCAAGUAGGCCUACUUAAGCAUUGCAACAAGGUAUACCUCUAUUUUGCCACAAGCUACGUGGGACUUUUAUGUGUGAGUUUGUGUCCAUUCAAUAAUAUGUUUUUUCUUUCCCAAAGAUGUGUAUAGUUAUAAGUUAUAAUGACCGUUUUUUUUUUCGUUUGUUCCUGUUAAACAAAAUUAUUUAUUAUUUAUUGUUGAAAGACUUGCCACUUUUUUUUUGUGUAACUUUCUUUACUGAAGUAAAAAAUGAAAAAACGAUUGUA